AUGAAAAAUUAUGCUGACGCCGUUGCCUUUCUGGGACAGUGGGGACGUUUCCAGCAAAUGGUCUUCUUCCUGCUCUGUGCUAGUAUUAUGCCAAAUGGAUUCGGUGCGUUCACCCUUGUCUUUGUGAAUGAUAUACCAACCCAUCACUGCCUGAUUCCUGAUGUCAACCUUUCCCGAGAUUGGCGUAGUGCUAUAAUCCCCGUACAGGUGGUGAAUGGGAAACAGGAGCGGAGCAAAUGCAGCAGAUACAGGCUGGAUGUGGUCCGAAAUCUUUCUGCUCAGGGAUUCAUUCCUGGUAAGGACGUCAACCUCACUGACCUGGAGCAGGAGAAAUGCGUGGACGGGUGGAACUACAGCACUGCCAUCUACCAAUCUACCAUAGUCUCUGAGUUUGACCUGGUGUGCAGUGAGCAGUGGAAGCAGCCAUUUACCUCCACUGUUUUCUUCCUGGGUGUUCUUUGUGGAUGCUUCUUCUCAGGACAGCUUGCUGACAGAUUUGGGAGGAAACCUGUUCUCUUCGCAACUAUCACAGUCCAGACAGUAUUUACCUUCAUUCAAGUCUUCUCCUCUUCAUGGAUUAUGUACACCAUCCUCCUCUACAUCAAUGGUUUGGGACAGAUGUCCAACUUUGUAGCUGCUUUAGUGCUAGGCGCUGAGACCUUCACUGGCAAUGUGCGGGUCCUGUACUCAUCUAUGGGUACAAUGUUAGGCUUUUCUGCUGGCUACAUGAUCCUGCCUUUGUUAGCUUACUUUUUAAGGGACUGGAAAUCACUGCAGUUGGCUUUGUCUGUGCCUUGCCUGGUCUACAUCCCCUUCUGGUGGUUCAUCCCAGAGUCUCCUCGGUGGCUUCUCUCUCAGGGUAGAGUGGAGGAGGCUGAGGCCAUAGUGAAAAAGGCUGCUAAGCUUAAUAAAGUUCAGGCUCCACCAGUCAUCUUUGAAGAUUACAGCGUCAAUAAGACAAAGACUAAGGAAAACUACAAUGUCCUCGACCUGAUGAGGAUCAGCAGCAUCAGAAUCACAACACUAAUUCUCUGCUUUGUGUCGUUCACAAUGAUUACUGGAUACUAUUGCCUGUCCUUCAACACAUCCCAACUCCAUACCGAUCCUUAUAUCAGCUGUUUCAUCUCAGCUGCUGUGGAGGUGCCAGCAUACAUUUCCAGCUGGCUGGCACUGCGUUACGUUCCACGACGACUAUCUGUCAUCGCUACCUGCCUCCUUGGAGCAGUGUCAUUGUUCUUCAUUCAGAUGGUACCUCAAAGCUUAUCAAAUCUUUCUCUUGCACUGGAGAUGGCGGGUAAAUAUUUUAUCACCACUGGUGCGUCAAUGAUGUUUACCUACACAGCAGAGCUUUACCCGACAGUGCUCAGGAACACAGCGACAGGUUUAUGCACCACUGUGUCCAGAAUGGGAAGCUGCAUUACACCUUUUUUGUUGGACAUGGGUACAUACUUUAAGCCUCUGCCAUAUAUUACAAUGGGGACUCUGUCUGUCGCAUCUGCCUUUGCUACUCUCUUCCUUCCAGAGAGUUUUGGACGACCUUUACCUGAAACUAUUGAACAUAUGUCUCAAAGAAGAAGGAUAAAGUGUCCAUGCGUCACUAGAAAAGAAGUCCCAGUACCUGUGGCAUUCUUGGACAGUUGA